ACUUUUUAACCAAAAUUUUAGCCCAAAUUCCCUCCGUCCGCCAAAAAUCCUCAAAACCGGCCUACUCACAAAACCUAGUAGAAAUCUCUUCAACGGUGUCACCCCUCUCAAUCUCAGCGGCGGCCUCACCUCAUCUCUGCAGCGGGCCAGCGGCCUCACCUCAUCUCUGCGGCUCCAUGCCUCCAUCUCCCUAGUAAGACACUUAGCGGGCUGUGGCGGGAUGGACUUACCACUAAGGUCUCACCGCAUCUUUGCACCUGCACAUGGUCUUGCCGAAGGAAUUGAACUUAACUACGGUUAUCCAUGAGGUAUAUUCCACCAAUCUUGGGAAAGGUAUAAUUUUGUAUAUUUUGAGCUAGCUAGGGCUAUCCAUGAAGUAUACAGAGUACUUAGUAUUUGUUUUAAAUUUCCAUUGUGGCGUAAGUGUUCUUUCAUGCACCAGUUCUUAAGCCUCUUGAUUUCAGGUAAAUUUCUUUACGAUUUUUUUUUUGUUUUUACCAUUUUAUCAAGAAUGCUUAUAAUACCACCUGUUCUUGUCGUUUUUGUCAAUGCAUCAGGAACUCUGGCAAUAGGGGCUAUUCAACUUUGGCACUCAUUAUUCUCCUGAUUUUUGUGCUCUUUCUUGAAUUCCAGAUUUCACUUACAUGUUUUCUAUCUUGUGCACUUGCUGCUGGAGCUUGUAGCAAAAUAAAGGAAAAGAAAAGCCCAAUUUACUCUAUUUGUGAUGUAGGGGUGCUGGGCAGAAGAGCAAAUGGAACUCAUUGACCUGAAGAUGUAUCAGGGAGUUUGGACUGCUCAACACCGUCUCCACCUCCUACUUCAUUUGGAAAGAACCAUAUGGUCAAUAUGGUGUCAUUUAAAGGAGCAAAGGCUGCCAAGCAGAACAAAUCAAACUCUGUGUGACUCCAAGGACAUUAGACAUGCAUUUCAGAUUGUUCAACAUCUUCUCUGCCCUCUAUUGCGUGUGUUAGGAUGUUUGUAUUCACUAGAUAGCGUGUUUGGUGUAUUUUGAUGUUCUAAAUGACGUGUUUGGGUUGUAUUUUGAUGUUCAAAAUGACUUGCAUUGGGAUGUUAUUUUUUAUUCUUGUUGACAAUGAUUACUAAAUUCUAGUAUGUGUUUAUUUAUGUGCGUCUAUGAUGGUAUGUAUACCAAUUUAAUGUGUUAUUGUGGCUAUCUAGUUUUCG